GACAAACGAUUCCCUCCUCCACAAGUGCAGAGUGGAAGCUCAAAGAGGAUAUCUUGGUGGUGCUUUAUACACUGCGGGAACGGUCUACUGUCUUCGGGUGUCUACUAUAUUCGGGCUACCAAGUACCAAGGAGCGUGGAAGCCGGAGAAGCAGUAACCAACCAACCGGACCCGUCGAGACCCAAAGGUUCAGUCUACUCCGUGCGUCCAAACGGUCCAGACCUGUGAACAGGCCUUCCUAACAAUUUUUUAAUACUUGUGUCAUAUAAGAAAACAUAUUUUUUAUUUUAUGUAAAUUACAAUACUUGUAAUUUAUUUAACUUUUUUUUUUUCACAUCGAUAUUCAAUUCUUGUGCAACAGUAUUAUUAUUUUAUUUUAUUUUUUUUUAAAAUAUAUAUUCAUAUUUAUUCAAGAACAAAUUAUAAAUUUUUUUUUUUAUUUUAAAUCGAGGAUAAUAUUGACGUCAUCGGAUAUUAUUGAAGUUUUUUAUUUUGCUGUUUUUAAACAACGUUAAAUUGGUAGCAGCCAAUUGUACAAGAGAGAUAAUCCUUGAGAGAGAAAGAGGAAGAGACAAAUCGAGACAGAGAGGUAAAAGUCAAACUGAUACAACAAGCAACGAGGUGUGUUGGAAUAUAUAUAGCCUAAGAAGAGGAUUUGUGAGGAAAAAAAAAAAAACAAAAAAUAAAAAGGAGAGGGAUAUACCCCGGGCAAUAGACGGAGGAGAAGUAUAGUCUGUAUCGAGCAAGCGCGAGGAAGCGGUGGGAAUAUUAUAAGGAUGUUCGCGAUAAUGCCAAUGGAGACAGAGGGGCACGGCAGGGAGUUCGGCCGCCGGCAGAAGAUGCGCGCCAAGUGCACAGUUGAGUUCGUUUGCAAGUACUGCCAACGGCGUUUUACCAAGCCCUACAACCUCAUGAUACAUGAACGUAGUCACAAGGACGACGUGACCUUCACCUGUGAGGUCUGCGGAAAGUCCUUCAAACGACAGGACAAUCUUAAACAGCACAGAUGUGGGUGGCGGUGAGCGGGAGCUCUGAAACCCCCUGCACCUUCACACAACAUCAAAUAUAAAUUAAAAAAAAAAAAAAUAACGAGAGAUAAAAAUCAAAAAAAUAUAUCAAGCAGAUGUGAUUUCCCGGCCCUCCACCCUCUUUCUAACUUUGUCCUUAUAAUCAAAUAAUAAAUUACAACUGAUUUUACAAUAUAUAAUUUAAAAAAAAAAUAUAUCAGCAUUCGGUUAUAAAAAAUACACAUACAAACACACCCGGGUUAGACGAGACAAUAUUGUUGAAAAAAAAAAAAAACAUUAUUAUUAUUAUUAAAAAGGAAAAAUAUAUAUAGACACAAAUAUCUGUCACCCAGCAUGCAAAUAACUUUUAAUUUACAAUCGUUGCAUGUAUCUAAUAAAUUUAAAAAUCAAAAAAAAAAAUAAAAAUAAAUUUAUAUUCGUGAUGACAACAAACAAGCAUAUCCUUAUUCCCAAUGUUUCGGUCUAUCUCUGUUCCAGGAGCAUACACUCCGUUCCUUACAAGGGCUCCAAUGGAUACUCGAAAGGCUAUUCGAAUGGCUACUCUAGGUAUUAGAAGCCAAAUCCAGCCGACAUUCCAAUUCAUUACCCCAAAUUCCUUUAGUAGACAUUUUUUUUUUUUAAAUAUAUAUUUUUUUAAUAUCAAUUUUUUUUUUUUUUUUUUCAUUCUACUAUAUCUGUAGUUUUUAUUUGAAAAAAAAAAAAAAAAAAAACCUUAACCCAACCUUCAGCUAACCCCUACGACACCCGAGAGGAUUAACAACAAAAAAAAAGAAAUACAAACGAGAUUUGACAAACGAAGACGACAACAAUGUGACAACGAGAGACUGGCUGACUCAACAUGUCCUGUUUCCACUUAAAUUCAUUUUCCUUUAAUUAAAAAAAUCAUAUCCUAUCAUACCUAAUGGCGUGCAUCAUCAUCAUCAUCGUCAUCGUGAUCACCAUCAUCAACAACGAGAAGAAAAAAAUAAUUAUUAUUGGAGCAUUAUUGGAUAAAUAUUAAAACAAAUGACAAAAUUCCUUGAGGCAAAUAUUAUAAAUUGGAGUGCGUAAUAACCGGGCGUUACAAAAAAAAAAUUUUGCUACUGAAGUGUAGCAAUGAAGUGCUACUGUGGAACCACGCCCAGGCCCCGGGCGACAUUUGGGCUCCCCCCUUUUUGUACCAUCUGAAUUUGUUGGGCCUUACUAAAUGCUACUGGUAUUUAUUUUGGAUGCAUUAUUUUAUCAACAAUCUGCAAAUUAACAUGGAUAUUUUAUUGAAUCAUAAAUUGAAGAAUAAUAUUUUCUUUUAUUGGAAUAAAAUGAAAAUUUAUAUGAAUAUCGUUCAUUUGAUCAUGUCAAUGACAAACUUGUUCAAUAAUUUUAUGGAUGGUUGACCUUGAUAUAUACAGAUGGGGAAUCAAUAUCAACAUGGUGGUCCAGCAAACCGAGUUAUGCGAGAUCCCGCAGUUUAUACUUUCCACAUGAUAAAUAGCAAGAUCGUUGUCACAUUAAUUUUUGCUGCUACAACUGUCUCACAAUGUGAAUUGAAAUCGAUCGAUUGGAACAGCACAAAUGAUUAAUUACAAAAAAUUUUUUUUUUUAAUUUUAAUAUUCAUAUUAAUUUGUGACUUGAAAACCGGUCGUCAAGAGUCAGUUGUUGUUGUUGUUGUUGUUGUUCUGUAUAAAAUACACAGAUGUCAAGAGUAAUGAAUAAUUUUAUUUUUAAAACAUCAAUAUAUAAUAACAAAAGAAUUUAAAAAAAAAUUAAUUAAUAAUCAUAGGAGUGUUAGCCUUGAAAAUCAAGUAUAUAGUUUCUAUUAUUUUUUUUUUUUUUCUAAUGCUUCUUAUUUAUUUAUUAUUAAUUUGUUUUUUUUUUUUUUUUUCAAUAUAACGAUAGAUAUUAAAUGAACAUCAAAGCAGGAAGAAAAAUAUAUUUUUUUUGUUUCAAAGUUAACUUGUUAUUAAAUUCACAAUUGACUUUCGAUUGAGUCGAAAAUUUUUUUUAAAAAUAACACUGGUGACACUAGAUUAUACGCGUUAUAUAUCAUUUCAAUAAUUUUUAUGAAAUGUAUAAAGAAAAUAUAUUUUUUAAAAUAUAUAUUAAAAUGCUUUUAAGUGGUUGUAGCGACUCGAGAAUUUAUCGAGAUAUAUUAUAGCAUCUCAGCCUAAAUAAAACGUGAAAAAAAAAAAAAAAA